ACAUAUUCGAGUAAUAAUGAAGAAUAUAGUCGGACUUCUGGUGUUAUUGGCUUUUGUCGCUGUCCAGGGUUUACCUAAUCCUGGCAGACGUUAUGAUGAUUCAGAUUAUUCAGUUUAUUCCGAACAAGAAUUGUCACACGAAGAAAACAGUGAACAGUCUCAGGAGGAGUCUAGCGACGAAUAUGAAUCUGUCCAAUCAUACGGCGGCAGAACGAGAUCAGUUAAAGAAAGCAACACAUCUUCAAAACACAGCGAAUCCGAAUCUAGCAACACCUCACAAUCUAACAAACUGAUAAUAUCCAAGGGUGACGGAAACGUACAGACGACAACAUCGUCAUCAAAAUCAUCUAAAACUUCUAGCAGCAAAUCUGAAAAGCACUCCAGUUCCAGACGUGUAAUUGAAAGUGGUUAUUCUGAUGAUGACGAUUAUUACACGAAAUCGGGACGAUGGGGAUCAACUGACGACUCAUAUUACCAAUCUGACUCUGAUGAAAGAUCAACUAUUGAUGAAAGUGAAGAGAGAUAUCGAAGCGAUAAAAUACGACAAGACAACGAUAGCGAGCAAAAUGCUGACGGCGACAACAACUCAGACAUAGAUCAAGAUAACAGGAAUAAUCAAAAUGCUGUUGCUGGAAAAGGGUCGACAAUAACACAAAAUAACAUAAAUAAUCAAAAUGCUGUUGCUGGAAAAGGAUCGACAAUUACACAAAAUAACAAAAAUAACCAAAAUGCUAAGGCUGAAACAGGAUCAACAAUAAUACAAAACCACGUAAAUAACCAGAACGCCAGAGCUGAAGAAGGUUCGACUAUUACACAAAACAACAUUAAUGACCAAAAUGCAAAAGCUGGAAAAGGCUCAACAAUAUACCAGACCUACGAAAAUAACCAAAAUGCAAAAGCUGAUAAAGGAUCCACAAUAACACAAAAUAGCGAAAAUAAUCAAAACGCGAAAGCAGAAAAAGGCUCUAGUAUAAAUCAAUCUAAUGAGAAUAACCAGAACGCCAGAGGAGAAAAAGGUUCAACUAUAAAACAGGACAACGAAAGCAACCAGAAUGCAAAAGGUGAAAAAGGUUCUAGUAUAAAACAGACCAAUAAAAACAAUCAGAACGCCAAAGCCGGCAAAGGUGCGACUAUCAGACAAGAUAACGAAAGCAACCAAAAUGCCAAGGCCGAAAAAGGAGCCACUAUAAGACAAGAUAACGAAAGCAACCAGAACGCCAAGGCCGAAAGAGGUGCCAAUAUCAGACAAGAUAACGAAAGCAACCAGAACGCCAAGGCCGAAAAAGGUGCGACAAUCAGACAAGAUAACGAAAGCAACCAGAACGCCAAGGCCGAAAAAGGUGCCACUAUCAGACAAGAUAACGAAAGCAACCAGAACGCCAGAGGUGAAAAAGGUUCGACGAUAAAACAGACAAACGAAAACAAUCAGAACGCCAAGGCCGACAGAGGUUCGACUAUCAGACAGGACAACGAAAGCAACCAGAACGCCAAGGCCGGAAAAGGGGCCACUAUCAGACAAGAUAACGAAAGCAACCAAAAUGCUCAUGGCGGAAAGGGCUCGACUAUCAAACAGACAAACGAAAACAACCAGAACGCCAAGGCCGACAGAGGUUCAACUAUCAGACAGGACAACGAAAGCAACCAGAACGCCAAGGCCGGAAAAGGAGCCAAUAUCAGACAAGAUAAUGAAAGCAACCAGAAUGCCAGAGGUGAAAGAGGUUCGACGAUAAAACAGACAAACGAAAACAACCAGAAUGCCAAAGCUGACAGUGGUUCGACUAUCAGACAGGACAACGAAAGCAACCAGAACGCCAAGGCCGGAAAAGGGGCCACUAUCAGACAAGAUAACGAAAGCAACCAGAAUGCUCAUGGCGGAAAGGGGUCGACGAUAAAACAGACAAACGAAAACAACCAGAAUGCCAAAGCCGACAGUGGUUCGACUAUCAGACAGGACAACGAAAGCAACCAGAACGCCAAGGCCGGAAAAGGGGCCACUAUCAGACAAGAUAACGAAAGCAACCAGAACGCCAAGGCUGGAAAAGGAGCGACUAUCAAACAAGAUAACGAAAGCAACCAGAAUGCGAGAGGUGAAAGAGGUUCGACGAUAAAACAGACAAACGAAAACAACCAGAAUGCCAAAGCCGACAGUGGUUCGACUAUCAGACAGGACAAUGAAAGCAACCAGAACGCCAAGGCCGGAAAAGGGGCCACUAUCAGACAAGAUAACGAAAGCAACCAGAAUGCUCAUGGCGGAAAGGGGUCGACUAUCAAACAAGACAACAAAAACAACCAGAAUGCCAAGGCCGACAGAGGUUCGACUAUCAGACAGGACAACGAAAGCAACCAGAAUGCCAAGGCCGGUAAAGGAGCCACUAUCAGACAAGAUAACGAAAACAACCAGAAUGCUCAUGGCGGAAAGGGGUCGAUUAUCAAACAGACAAACGAAAACAACCAGAACGCCAAGGCCGACAGAGGUUCAACUAUCAGACAGGACAACGAAAGCAACCAGAAUGCCAAGGCCGGUAAAGGAGCCACUAUCAGACAAGAUAACGAAAGCAACCAGAAUGCUCAUGGCGAAAGGGGGUCGACUAUCAAACAGACAAACGAAAACAACCAGAACGCCAAGGCCGACAGAGGUUCAACUAUCAGACAAGACAACGAAAGCAACCAGAAUGCCAAAGCCGGUAAAGGAGCCACUAUCAAACAAGAUAACGAAAGUAACCAAAAUGCCAGAGGUGAAAGAGGUUCGACGAUAAAACAGACGAACGAAAACAACCAGAAUGCCAAGGCCGACAAAAGCUCAACUAUCAGACAGGACAACGAAAGCAACCAGAACGCCAAGGCCGGAAAAGGAGCCACUGUCAGACAAGAUAACGAAAGCAACCAGAAUGCCAGAGGUGAAAGAGGUUCGACGAUAAAACAGACGAACGAAAACAACCAGAAUGCCAAGGCCGACAGAGGCUCAACUAUCAGACAGGACAACGAAAGCAACCAGAACGCCAAGGCUGGAAAAGGAGCCACUAUCAGACAAGAUAACGAAAGUAACCAGAACGCCAAAGCUGGAAAAGGGGCCACUAUCAAACAAGAUAACGAAAGUAACCAAAAUGCCAGAGGUGAAAGAGGUUCGACGAUAAAACAGACGAACGAAAACAACCAGAAUGCUAAGGCCGACAGAGGCUCAACUAUCAGACAGGACAACGAAAGCAACCAGAACGCCAAGGCCGGAAAAAAAGCCACUGUCAGACAAGAUAACGAAAGCAACCAGAAUGCCAGAGGUGAAAGAGGUUCGACGAUAAAACAGACAAACGAAAACAACCAGAACGCCAAGGCCGACAGAGGUUCAACUAUCAGACAGGACAACGAAAGCAACCAGAACGCCAAAGCCGGAAAAGGAGCCACUAUCAGACAAGAUAACGAAAGCAACCAGAAUGCUCAUGGCGGAAAGGGGUCGACUAUCAAACAAGACAACAAAAACAACCAGAAUGCCAAGGCCGACAGAGGUUCGACUAUCAGACAGGACAACGAAAACAACCAGAAUGCCAAGGCCGACAGAGGUUCGACUAUCAGACAGGACAACGAAAGCAACCAGAACGCCAAGGCCGGAAAAGGAGCGACUAUAAAACAAGAUAACGAAAGCAACCAGAAUGCGAGAGGUGAAAGAGGUUCGACGAUUAAACAGACAAACGAAAACAACCAGAAUGCCAAAGCCGACAGUGGUUCGACUAUCAGACAGGACAACGAAAGCAACCAGAACGCCAAAGCCGGAAAAGGAGCGACUAUCAGACAAGAUAACGAAAGCAACCAGAAUGCUCAUGGCGGAAAGGGGUCGAAUAUCAAACAAGACAACAAAAACAACCAGAAUGCCAAGGCCGACAGAGGUUCGACUAUCAGACAGGACAACGAAAACAACCAGAAUGCCAAGGCCGACAGAGGUUCGACUAUCAGACAGGACAACGAAAGCAACCAGAACGCCAAGGCCGGAAAAGGAGCGACUAUCAAACAAGAUAACGAAAGCAACCAGAAUGCGAGAGGUGAAAGAGGUUCGACGAUAAAACAGACAAACGAAAACAACCAGAAUGCCAAAGCCGACAGUGGUUCGACUAUCAGACAGGACAACGAAAGCAACCAGAACGCCAAGGCUGGAAAAGGAGCCACUAUCAGACAAGAUAACGAAAGUAACCAGAACGCCAAAGCUGGAAAAGGGGCCACUAUCAAACAAGAUAACGAAAGUAACCAAAAUGCCAGAGGUGAAAGAGGUUCGACGAUAAAACAGACGAACGAAAACAACCAGAACGCCAAGGCCGACAGAGGCUCAACUAUCAGACAGGACAACGAAAGCAACCAGAACGCCAAGGCCGGAAAAGGAGCUACUAUCAGACAAGAUAACGAAAGCAACCAGAACGCCAAGGCUGGAAAAGGAGCGACUAUCAAACAAGAUAACGAAAGCAACCAGAAUGCGAGAGGCGAAAGAGGUUCGACGAUAAAACAGACAAACGAAAACAACCAGAAUGCCAAAGCCGACAGUGGUUCGACUAUCAGACAGGACAACGAAAGCAACCAGAACGCCAAAGCCGGAAAAGGAGCCACUAUCAGACAAGAUAACGAAAGCAACCAGAAUGCUCAUGGCGGAAAGGGGUCGACUAUCAAACAAGACAACAAAAACAACCAGAAAGCCAAGGCCGACAGAGGUUCGACUAUCAGACAGGACAACGAAAACAACCAGAAUGCCAAGGCCGACAGAGGUUCGACUAUCAGACAGGACAACGAAAGCAACCAGAACGCCAAGGCCGGAAAAGGAGCGACUAUCAAACAAGAUAACGAAAGCAACCAGAAUGCGAGAGGUGAAAGAGGUUCGACGAUAAAACAGACAAACGAAAACAACCAGAAUGCCAAAGCCGACAGUGGUUCGACUAUCAGACAGGACAACGAAAGCAACCAGAACGCCAAAGCCGGAAAAGGAGCCACUAUCAGACAAGAUAACGAAAGCAACCAGAAUGCUCAUGGCGGAAAGGGGUCGACUAUCAAACAAGACAACAAAAACAACCAGAAAGCCAAGGCCGACAGAGGUUCGACUAUCAGACAGGACAACGAAAACAACCAGAAUGCCAAGGCCGACAGAGGUUCGACUAUCAGACAGGACAACGAAAGCAACCAGAACGCCAAGGCCGGAAAAGGAGCCACUAUCAGACAAGAUAACGAAAGCAACCAGAAUGCUCAUGGCGGAAAGGGGUCGACUAUCAAACAAGACAACAAAAACAACCAGAAUGCCAAGGCCGACAGAGGUUCGACUAUCAGACAGGACAACGAAAGCAACCAGAAUGCCAAGGCCGGUAAAGGAGCCACUAUCAGACAAGAUAACGAAAACAACCAGAAUGCUCAUGGCGGAAUGGGGUCGACUAUCAAACAGACAAACGAAAACAACCAGAAUGCCAAGGCCGACAGAGGUUCAACUAUCAGACAGGACAACGAAAGCAACCAGAAUGCCAAAGCCGGUAAAGGAGCCACUAUCAGACAAGAUAACGAAAGCAACCAGAAUGCCAGAGGUGAAAGAGGUUCGACGAUAAAACAGACAAACGAAAACAACCAGAAUGCCAAGGCCGACAGAGGCUCAACUAUCAGACAGGACAACGAAAGCAACCAGAACGCCAAGGCCGGAAAAGGAGCCACUAUCAGACAAGAUAACGAAAGCAACCAAAAUGCCAGAGGUGAAAUAGGUUCGACGAUAAAACAGGCAAACGAAAACAACCAGAAUGCCAAGGCCGACAGAGGCUCAACUAUCAGACAGGACAACGAAAGCAACCAGAAUGCCAAGGCCGGUAAAGGAGCCACUAUCAGACAAGAUAACGAAAACAACCAGAAUGCUCAUGGCGGAAAGGGGUCGACUAUCAAACAGACAAACGAAAACAACCAGAACGCCAAGGCCGACAGAGGUUCAACUAUCAGACAGGACAACGAAAGCAACCAGAAUGCCAAGGCCGGAAAAGGAGCCACUAUCAGACAAGAUAACGAAAACAAGCAGAAUGCUCAUGGCGGAAAGGGGUCGACGAUAAAACAGACAAACGAAAACAACCAGAACGCCAAGGCCGACAGAGGUUCAACUAUCAGACAGGACAACGAAAGCAACCAGAACGCCAAGGCCGGAAAAGGAGCUACUAUCAGACAAGAUAACGAAAGCAACCAGAACGCCAAGGCUGGAAAAGGAGCGACUAUCAAACAAGAUAACGAAAGCAACCAGAAUGCGAGAGGCGAAAGAGGUUCGACGAUAAAACAGACAAACGAAAACAACCAGAAUGCCAAAGCCGACAGUGGUUCGACUAUCAGACAGGACAACGAAAGCAACCAGAACGCCAAGGCCGGAAAAGGAGCGACUAUCAAACAAGAUAACGAAAGCAACCAGAAUGCGAGAGGUGAAAGAGGUUCGACGAUAAAACAGACAAACGAAAACAACCAGAAUGCCAAAGCCGGAAAAGGAGCCACAAUCAGACAAGAUAACGAAAGCAACCAGAAUGCUCAUGGCGGAAAAGGGUCGACUAUCAAACAAGACAACAAAAACAACCAGAAUGCCAAGGCCGACAGAGGUUCGACUAUCAGACAGGACAACGAAAGCAACCAGAACGCCAAGGCCGGAAAAGGAGCCACUAUCAGACAAGAUAACGAAAGCAACCAGAAUGCUCAUGGCGGAAAGGGGUCGACUAUCAAACAAGACAACAAAAACAACCAGAAUGCCAAGGCCGACAGAGGCUCAACUAUCAGACAGUACAACGAAAGCAACCAGAACGCCAAGGCCGGAAAAGGAGCCACUAUCAGACAAGAUAACGAAAGCAACCAAAAUGCCAGAGGUGAAAUAGGUUCAACGAUAAAACAGGCAAACGAAAACAACCAGAAUGCCAAGGCCGACAGAGGCUCAACUAUCAGACAGGACAACGAAAGCAACCAGAAUGCCAAGGCCGGAAAAGGAGCCACUAUCAGACAAGAUAACGAAAACAAGCAGAAUGCUCAUGGCGGAAAGGGGUCGACGAUAAAACAAGACAACAAAAACAACCAGAAUGCCAAGGCCGACAGAGGUUCGACUAUCAGACAGGACAACGAAAGCAACCAGAAUGCCAAGGCCGGUAAAGGAGCCACUAUCAGACAAGAUAACGAAAACAACCAGAAUGCAAAGGCCGACAGGGGUUCAACUAUCAGACAGGACAACGAAAGCAACCAGAAUGCCAAGGCCGGAAAAGGAGCCACUAUCAGACAAGAUAACGAAAACAAGCAGAAUGCUCAUGGCGGAAAGGGGUCGACGAUAAAACAAGACAACAAAAACAACCAGAAUGCCAAGGCCGACAGAGGUUCGACUAUCAGACAGGACAAUGAAAGCAACCAGAACGCCAAGGCCGGAAAAGGAGCUACUAUCAAACAAGAUAACGAAAGUAACCAGAAUGCGAGAGGUGAAAGAGGUUCGACGAUAAAACAGACAAACGAAAACAACCAGAAUGCCAAAGCCGACAGUGGUUCGACUAUCAGACAGGACAACGAAAGCAACCAGAACGCCAAGGCCGGAAAAGGGGCCACUAUCAGACAAGAUAACGAAAGCAACCAGAAUGCUCAUGGCGGAAAGGGGUCGACCAUCCAACAAGACAACAAAAACAACCAGAAUGCCAAGGCCGACAGAGGUUCGACUAUCAGACAGGACAACGAAAGCAACCAGAAUGCCAAGGCCGGUAGAGGAGCCACUAUCAGACAAGAUAACGAAAACAACCAGAAUGCGCAUGGCGGAAAGGGGUCGACUAUCAAACAAGACAACAAAAAUAACCAGAAUGCCAGAGGUGGAGACCGAUCAUCUAUUAGUCAAGAUAACGAAAACCGUCAGAUUGCUAAAGCCAAAGUAUGCUCUAAAGUACGACAUACAAAUAAAAACAAACAAAACGCGAAAGGUGAAAGAGGAACAAAUAUAGGACAAAAUAACGAUAACAACCAGAAUGCUCAUGGCGGAAAGGGGUCGCAUAUAAAACAAACAAACGAAAACAACCAAAAUGCUAAAGGCGGAAAGGGAUCCACAAUCAGACAAGACAACGAAAAUAACCAGAAUGCCAGAGGCGGAAAGGGGUCGACUAUCAGACAAGAUAACGAAAACAACCAGAAUGCCAGAGGCGGAAAAGGGUCGACUAUCAGACAAGAUAACGAAAGCAACCAACAUGCUCAUGGCGGAAAGGGGUCGACUAUCAGACAAGAUAACGAAAACAACCAGAAUGCGCAUGGCGGAAAAGGGUCGCAUAUAAAACAAACAAACGAAAACAACCAAAAUGCUAAAGGCGGAAAGGGAUCCACCAUCAGACAAGACAACGAAAACAACCAGAAUGCCAGAGGCGGAAAGGGGUCGACUAUCAGACAAGAUAACGAAAGCAACCAGAAUGCUAGAGGCGGAAAGGGGUCCACUAUCAGACAAGAUAAUGAAAACAACCAGAAUGCUAAAGGCGGAAAGGGGUCGACUAUCAAACAAGACAACAGAAACAACCAGAACGCCGCAGGUGGUAAUGAUUCAGUUAUUAGACAAGAUAAUAAAAACCACCAAAAUGCUGAAACCGGAGAACGAUCUAAGAUAAAACAUGAUAAGAAUGACCAUGUCAAAGAUUGCUCGAAGGAGGAAUUAAAUAAGCGUAAGAAUUCUACUACAGUUAAGAAGGUUACCAAAGAGGUCGUUCUUAAAAAGGACAAGAGAUCCGAAGUCAAUGAAUCUGAGUCAUCGAAAACUAAAGAAAAAAGUAAAUCUAAAGUUAAAACGGUAGUGAAGACAAAGACAGUUGAAAAAACCAAAGAGCAGAAUUCGAAAGGCGAAAAACAUCAUUGUGGUAACUAAUUAGCCGUACUUCGUAACUUUAAAUAGACAUAUCGCAAUCAACAAGGUAUUCCGACUAAUCAUUUUAAUUUUAUCUUUAUUACACGUUAUCUUUUGUCAAAUUCACUUUUUUGUUGUAUGACUGAUCUGUUCUUUUUCUUACUAAGAUUUCGAGUACCUUCUACUUAUUCUCUCGAGUAGGUUGUGAGGUGGAUGACCUCAUCAACCCUGUUAGAGUGGUUGCUGAGCAGCCAAAGGUCCCUGGCAUGACUCAUGUAACGACUGCUUACUUACAUCAGUUAGUAGUAACCGGGACCAACGGCUACUCGUGGCGUGUACUUACUUAGGUACAUAAACAUAGCCUAAUGCUGUGUGUCCCCCAUACCUAUCUUCUUAGGAAGCACGCAAUUCCUCUGUUGAUUUCUGUGAUAACAUCUGGUUUUUCAUUCGCUCCGCUUACCUAACCUGAAGAUUUGACAGGUCCGGUUUUUUACAGAAGCGACUGUCUGAUUUCCAACCCUCGAAGGGCAAACCAGCCCAAUAUUGUUACAUACCUCCGAAACGCAUUUUUUGGGGAUGUGGGUUUCCUAACGAUGUUUUCCUUCACCGCUGAGCACGUGGUAAUCAUUUAUCAUCCUAACAUGAAUAUGAAAACAAAUUCGAAAAUCAUUGGCUCAGACCCAUGCUGGAAUCGAACCUGCGACCUCAAAUUGAGUGUCAAGCGUUCUCUUCACUGGUCUUUUUCUUCGAUGGUCGAUUUCUAUGAUAUGCCUGGGAAAAUAAGCACUUACAACUAUUAAUAAUUGUUUCAUACAACAAAUAAGUGAAUAUCAAUCAUUAUUCAUCACUAGUCAUCUCAAAUCAUCAUUAUUCACCCACCAUUCAUCAUUUCAUGACUUUACCCAUCAAUCGAUUUGUAAUCUUAAAUAUUGUGUGUCAAAUGUUUGUGUUGCAAUAAAAAAAUGUAAAAAAAAUAAAUAAAGGAAUUAAUCAACCAUGUA